AUGGUGGAAAUGUCCGAAUAUCAAUGGGCGUAUUCACUCGUGGAUUCGUCUCGGGUUUCUACUUUCCUCAUUUCCAUACUUCUCAUUGUCUAUGGGAGUUUCAGGUCCCUAAACAUGGAGCAGGAAGCAAAACAGAAAGAGAAAGAGAGAAACGGGCAGCCAGAUACCAAUGUGCAAACACUGGACACAAUGCAGGCGUUGUGUCUACCUCUUGGAGCCUCCAUCUCUCUGUUGGUCAUGUUUUUCUUCUUUGACUCCAUGCAAAUGCUCUUUGCCAUCUGUACAGCCAUUAUAGCAACCAUAGCACUAGCUUUUCUAUUACUGCCAAUGUGUCAGUACAUCAUCCGACCCUGUUCUGAUGGAAACAAAAUAUCAUUUGGCAUGUGUGGAAGAUUUACGGCAGCAGAACUUGUAUCAUUUGCCUUGUCUGUUACGAUAGUGUGCAUCUGGGUUCUCACUGGACACUGGUUGCUAAUGGAUGCUAUGGGAAUGGGCCUUUGUGUUGCAUUUAUAGCUUUUGUACGUUUACCCAGUCUGAAAGUAUCCACUCUUCUACUUACAGGCCUUUUAAUAUACGAUGUAUUUUGGGUGUUCUUUUCAUCAUACAUAUUUAAUGCAAAUGUCAUGGUUAAAGUAGCAACAAGGCCAGCUGACAAUCCAGUUGGAAUUGUUGCAAAAAAACUACAUUUGGGCGGAGUCGUUAGGGAAGCUCCAAAAUUAUCUCUUCCAGGAAAGCUGGUUUUUCCCAGCAUGCAUAACAAUGGCCAUUUUUCCAUGCUGGGAUUAGGUGAUAUUGUGAUGCCAGGUCUCCUUCUUUGUUUUGUAUUGCGUUAUGACGCUUACAAGAAAGCCCAAAUAAGUUUGGCUGAGACCGGAGUUCCUCCUCCCAAUCAACUGAACAAAAUAUCCUACUUUCAUUGCUCUCUCAUUGGAUAUUUUCUAGGUCUUUUGACUGCUACCGUUUCAUCAGAAAUAUUUAAAGCAGCUCAACCUGCACUUUUGUAUCUUGUUCCAUUCACCCUCUUACCAUUGCUCACCAUGGCUUACCUCAAAGGGGAUCUCCGGAGGAUGUGGAGCGAGCCCUUCAUAGUUACCAUACCUUCGAAGCAUCAAGAAGUUUGA